UACUUGGUGGAAAAAUGGAACCAAUCAACCGUGAUAAACGAGGGGUCGCUGUGGUUUAAAAUAGGUAAGUAAAAGCUACAAUUGGUCUCAUUCAAACCCUUUGUUUUUUUUGCCCCAAACCCUCCUGUGUCCAACAACUUAAUUGCUGAGUUUGUAAACGAUAUAUCAAUAUAUAUUUGAUGUAUAUAAAUAUAUUUUACCAGCACAACAAAAAAAACACACAUUUGCGAAAAUAUAACAUACAAGAAAACUGGCUAUUAUCGAGCCUGUAGGGAUAUCGACAUUAUCGAUAUUUGAAUCGAUCCGCCCGCCUCUACUAGUUUGUACAGUAUUUGUGGAGGUUUGAUUUGUUCAAAUGGGGGCAGGCUGAUAAAUGAGUGCCACACGGCAUGGCGAGCACCGUAACGCACUCAUGAUUUCCGCGUACUCCGCCGUCGGUGGCCUUCUCAUCACCGAGGUCGCGUGCGAAUGGUGGCCGGCCAUCGAAGCGCCGUCGGCGGGCUGCGCGGAGACCCAGGGAAGCUAGCUGGGAGGUGGGCGUGGGAGAGCGCGCCAACAAUGGCAGACAUUCGAUCAAUGUUUGCUAUCAGAGCCUCUCGUCUGGAUGGAGCUGUGUUACAUUAGAGUACAUUUACCAAAGACAGGGUCUGUUUGCAGGUUAAAGUGCUUUAGUGGAUGCUAUCAUGUUGCUAGGAAAACUCUGGAAUCACUAUUAUCACUAUUAUUAUUUACUUGCAUUUAUCACAUCUCCCAGAAGAGGGUUGACGUUUAAAACAAGGGUAAAGUGUUACAUCUUUGGACUUCUUAAAAUGUAGUAAACCAGUAAACCAUUAGCAUGGAGAAACACAUGUGGGCCCAUAAGAGCGUGCUCGGAUGAGUUUGCUGUGGAAGAAGUUGACCUACUGUUGCCAGCAGGGGGAAAACGCACAGCAACGUCCAAACGCUCCAAACACCAACACUAUGAAAGAAAUGCAACGAGGGAAAUGCUGCAAUCGCAUAAACGCUGCAGGAUCAGAAGCAAAUGCAAAAGAAGAAUGCUGCAAAAACACACAAUCCCCCAAAACUGCAUGCAAGAAAUACGGUAAAAGUUCACCGAACAAAAACAAGUUUGCCAGGCUUCCAGAGGAGCCAGUGAGAGACGAAGAGGCAGACUUAUCAGACAGGGAGGUCCCGUGCAAAAAGAAAGGACGACCGAAGAAGAAGAAGGACGCCAAGAAGAAGGACAAAGAGGGCAAACCCGUCAAAGCUAAAAAACGCAAAAAGAUAGACAGCGAUGUAGAGAGGGACUCGGACCGAGACUUUGGUGAGAACUCCGAUAGCGUCGCCAGCGACUAUGGAUCAGGUGAGAAGAAGAAGAAGAAGAAGCAUAAAGAAAGGAAGGAGAAGAAAACCAAGAAGAAGAAAAAGGACGAUGGGGACAGAGACAGCAGUCAGGAAGAGACCACGAAGCAGCCCAUAGAGCAGAAGACCUCUGCCCAGCUGGCCAAGGAGUGGGGUCUGGAGGAUGUAGAUCAUACCUUCAGCCAGGAAGACUACAGGGAGCUCACCAACUACAAAGCCUUCAGUCAGUUCAUGAGGCCCAUGAUCGCCAAGAAGAACCCUAAGAUCCCCAUGUCCAAGAUGAUGACCAUUCUGGGGGCCAAAUGGAGGGAGUUCAGCUCCAACAACCCUUUCAAAGGCAAUGCAGCUGCUGUCGCUGCAGCUGCCGCCGCCGCUGCCAUCGCUGUCGCCGAGCAGGUCUCCGCGGCGACUGCCUCUCCUGAGCCACCGCUGCCGCCGCAGCCCCCACCCAUUCGGAAGGCUAAGACUAAAGAGGGCAAAGGCCCAGGAUACAAGAAGCGCAGUAAAAGUCCUCGAGUCCCAGACAAGAAAAAGGCUUUGGCUGCAGCCAAGGCUAAAAAGAUGGCGCCCAUUCGUAUCAAGCUUUCGCCGAUAUGCACUAAGAGGAAGAAGAGCUGCUCUAGUGAGGACAUGGAUGAGGAUGAGUCGGAACAGGAGGACUCCAGCGUUCAUAGCUCCUCGGUUCGAUCGGACAGCUCCGGACGUGUGAAGAAGAACAAGCGAGGGCGACCGGCCAAGAAAAAGAAGAAAAGAGUCGCAGGUGAGGAGGAGGCGGAUGGCUAUGAGACAGACCAUCAGGACUACUGUGAGGUGUGUCAGCAGGGUGGUGAGAUCAUCCUGUGCGACACGUGUCCACGAGCUUACCACCUCGUGUGCCUGGAACCCGAGCUGGACAAGGCUCCCGAGGGCAAGUGGAGCUGUCCUCACUGCGAAAAAGAAGGAAUACAGUGGGAAGCAAAAGAUGAGGACUUUGAGGACUUCGAAGAGGACAUGGAGGAUAGAACCAUCUCGGAGAUCGGGGUUGGUGUCCCCGCCGGUGCCGAGGAGGAGGACGACCACAUGGAGUUCUGUCGGGUGUGUAAAGACGGAGGUGAACUGUUGUGCUGUGACACCUGCACAUCCUCCUACCACAUCCACUGUCUAAACCCUCCACUGCCAGAGAUCCCCAAUGGAGAGUGGUUGUGUCCGCGAUGCACGUGUCCACCGAUUAAAGGACGGGUCCAGAAGAUUCUUCACUGGAGGUGGGGUGAGCCCCCACCUCCAAUUCCCGUGCCACCUGCUCCCGAUGUGCCACCCGAUGAACCUCCGCCUCCACCCAUGAAGGGCAGAGCUGAGCGGGAAUUCUUUGUCAAGUUGGUGGGCCAGUCCUACUGGCACUGCACAUGGAUCACUGAACUACAGUUGGAGAUCUUCCACUCAGUGAUGUACAGAAACUACCAGAGGAAGACGGACAUGGACGAACCCCCCAGUUUGGAUUACGGCUCGGGCGGUGAAGACGAGAACGGCAUGGGAAAGAGCGAGAAGAGGAGGGCUAAAGACCCGCAGUACGCCAUCCUGGAAGAGAAGUACUACAAAUACGGCAUCAAGCCUGAGUGGAUGAUGAUCCAUCGCAUCAUCAACCACAGUCUGGAUAAGAAGGGCAUGUACCACUACCUGGUGAAGUGGAGAGACCUGACCUAUGACCAGUGUACCUGGGAACGAGACGACAUGGACAUCCCUGACUUUGUCAUUUACAAGACCAACUACUGGAGACACAGGGACUCCAUCAUGAAGGAAGAUCCGGACAAACCCAGGAGGAUGAGGAGCAAGAGUCAGGAGGAUGAAGACGAGUCUCCCGCCUCACCAGUCACUGAUCCUACAAUCAAGUAUGAGGAGCAGCCAGAUUUUGUGACAUCGACGGGCGGCACUCUGCACCUGUACCAGAUGGAGGGACUCAACUGGCUUCGCUUUUCCUGGGCUCAGGGCACCGACACCAUACUGGCAGAUGAGAUGGGUCUCGGCAAGACCAUUCAGACCAUUGUUUUCCUCUAUUCGCUCUUUAAAGAGGGUCACACAAAGGGUCCCUUCCUGGUCAGCGCUCCGCUCUCCACCAUCAUCAACUGGGAGCGGGAGUUUGAGAUGUGGGCGCCCGACUUUUAUGUGGUGACGUACACAGGUGACAAGGACAGCCGAGCCAUCAUCAGAGAGAACGAGUUCUCCUUCGAUGACUUGGGCGUGAAGGGAGGCAAGAAGUCCUUCAAGAUGAGGAGAGAGACUCCUAUUAAGUUCCACGUGCUGCUGACCUCCUACGAGCUGGUGACCAUCGACCAGACAGCGCUGAAGUCCAUGGACUGGGCGUGUUUGGUGGUGGACGAGGCUCAUCGCCUUAAAAACAACCAGUCCAAGUUUUUCAGGCGCCUGAAUGACUACAAGAUUGACCACAAGCUGCUGCUGACAGGAACGCCACUACAGAACAACCUGGAGGAGCUUUUUCACCUGCUCAACUUCCUCACGCCCAACCGCUUCAACAACCUUGAGGGCUUCCUGGAGGAGUUUGCGGACAUCUCCAAGGAAGAUCAAAUCAAGAAACUCCAUGAUCUGCUGGGCCCUCACAUGCUGCGGAGGUUGAAAGCCGAUGUCUUCAAGAACAUGCCCGCCAAGACUGAGUUGAUUGUGCGAGUGGAGCUGAGCCCUAUGCAGAAAAAAUACUACAAGCUGAUUCUUACCAAGAACUUUGAGGCUCUGAACUCAAAAGGCGGAGGCAACCAGGUCUCCCUGCUCAAUAUCAUGAUGGAUUUGAAGAAGUGCUGCAACCACCCCUACCUCUUCCCUGUUGCCUCCAUGGAAGCCCAGAAAACACCCAACGGUGCUUAUGAGGGUUCUGCUCUCACGAAGGCUUCGGGCAAACUGACACUGUUGCAGAAGAUGCUGAGGAAACUGAAGGAGCAGGGACACAGGGUGCUGGUGUUCUCACAGAUGACUAAAAUGCUGGACUUACUCGAAGACUUCCUGGAUUACGAAGGUUAUAAGUAUGAAAGGAUCGAUGGAGGCAUCACAGGAGCACUGAGGCAGGAGGCCAUUGACCGCUUCAAUGCUCCUGGUGCUUGUCAGUUUUGUUUCCUGCUCUCCACAAGGGCUGGAGGUUUGGGAAUCAACUUGGCAACAGCAGACACUGUUGUCAUCUUCGACUCAGACUGGAACCCACACAAUGACAUCCAGGCCUUCAGUCGAGCUCACCGCAUCGGGCAGGCCAACAAGGUGAUGAUCUACCGCUUUGUGACGCGAGCCAGCGUAGAGGAGCGCAUCACCCAGGUGGCGAAGAGGAAGAUGAUGCUGACUCACCUGGUGGUCCGGCCAGGCCUGGGAUCCAAAGCCGGCUCUAUGACCAAGCAGGAACUGGAUGACAUCCUCAAGUUCGGAACGGAGGAGCUAUUCAAAGACGAAGGAGAAGGUAUGAAGAAUUCCUCGGGGGACAAAGGGGAGGACGAGGGCAAUGUGAUCCACUACGACAGCACCGCCAUCGAGAGGCUGCUCGACCGGAGCCAGGACGCCACAGACGACACAGAUGUGCAGAACAUGAACGAGUACCUCAGCUCCUUCAAAGUGGCCCAGUACAUGGUCCGAGAGGAGGACAAGAUUGAAGAGAUCGAGCGGGAGAUCAUCAAGCAGGAGGAGAACGUAGACCCCGACUACUGGGAGAAAUUGUUGCGGCAUCACUACGAGCAGCAGCAAGAGGACCUGGCAAGCAAACUGGGAAAAGGCAAAAGGAACCGCAAGCCUGUCAACUACAACGAUGCUGCACAGGAAGAUCAAGAGUGGCACGCUGACAUUUCAGACAACCAGUCGGAAUACUCUGUGGGCUCCGAGGAGGAGGAUGAGGACUUUGACGACCGUCCGGAAGGUCGCAGACAAUCACGUCGCCAGCUGAGAAACGAGAAGGACAAACCUCUUCCUCCUCUUCUGGCCAGAGUGGGAGGCAACCUUGAGGUUCUUGGCUUCAAUACACGCCAGAGGAAGGCUUUCCUCAAUGCGGUGAUGCGCUGGGGGAUGCCGUCUCAGGACGCUUUCUCCUCUCAGUGGCUGGUUAGAGACCUCAGGGGCAAGACUGAAAAGGAAUUUAAAGCAUACGUGUCUCUCUUUAUGCGCCACUUGUGUGAGCCAGUGGCCGACGGGGCCGAGACGUUCGCUGACGGCGUCCCGAGGGAGGGCUUGUGUCGCCAGCCGGUCCUGACUCGCAUUGGCGUUAUGUCGCUCGUCAAGAAGAAGAUUCAGGAGUUCGAGCACAUCAACGGGCGGUGGAGUCUUCCGGAGCUCAAGCCUGAGGUCAGCAUGGACAAAUCCUCCUCCUCCAGGGCGUCAUCUCCCACCGUAAAGACGGCAACGCCCACCCCAGACGCCAGCUCUAACAAUACACCUUGCACCUCCAAGCCAGCAACACCUGCUCCGACAGACAAGCCUGAAAAGAACGGGAAGGAGGCACAAAAGGAUGACAAGGAAGAUGGCGAGGCCCAGACGGACAAAGACAAAGAUAAAGAAAAAGAUGAGGGCAAAGAUGAGGAUGCAAACAAGUCUGCAGAUGGCGAAGAGCUUUCCUCAUCGCAGAGUGCAUCGCCUGAUCCAAAAAGUGAGGGCAAAGAGGAGGCAAACUUGAAUGAGGAGGAGAAGAAAGAACGAAGCAGCAGCCCAGCAGAUGAGCGGAGUCCGCAGGAGAAGAGCGCAGCCGAGUCCAAACAACCCAUCAAACCAGAGGAGUGGCCCAAAGACGGAAAAGCAGACGGAGAAAAGGCUGAUGAGAAGAGGGAAAAAGACGCACAAAAGCCCGACAGGGCGUCACCACAGGCAGCCGAGGUUACUGAUGCCAAGAAAGAAGAUGUGAAAGGUGACAAGGAUGCUGGGAAAGAAGUCAAAGAAGCAAAGGUGGACGUUGCCCAGGGUAACGGGAAGACGCCCACCGAGCGACCUCGCUUCAUGUUUAACAUCGCUGAUGGCGGCUUCACUGAGCUGCAUACUCUUUGGCAGAACGAGGAGCGCGCUGCCAUCUCCUCGGGAAAGAUGAGCGAAAUCUGGCAUCGCCGACAUGAUUUCUGGCUCCUGGCGGGAAUCGUCAUCCAUGGCUACGCUCGGUGGCAGGACAUCCAGAAUGAUCCACAGUUCGCCAUCGUCAAUGAGCCGUUCAAGUCACAGGCCAACAAAGGCAACUUCCUGGAGAUGAAGAACAAGUUCCUGGCUCGACGCUUCAAGCUGCUGGAGCAGGCACUGGUUAUCGAGGAACAGCUGCGCCGGGCAGCCUACCUGAACAUGACGCAGGACCCCAGCCACCCGGCCAUGGCGCUCAACGCUCGCUUUGCUGAGGUGGAGUGUCUGGCCGAGUCGCACCAGCACCUCAGCAAGGAGUCGCUGGCAGGCAAUAAGCCAGCCAAUGCUGUCCUGCACAAAGUGCUUAACCAGCUGGAGGAGCUGCUGAGCGACAUGAAGGCCGAUGUGACCCGACUACCAGCCACGUUGGCCAGAGUCCCGCCCAUUGCCGCUCGCCUGCAAAUGUCAGAGAGGAGCAUCCUCAGCCGGCUGGCCAGCAAGGGCAUGGAGACGCACACCCCCCAGCCCAUCCCUCCCGGACCCUACGCCACACCUCAGAACUACGGAGCCCCCUUCACCCCGGCCCCCCCGAGCGCCCACCUCUUGGGAGGGGCCAACUACAGUCAGAUGCCGCCAGGAUCCUUCAUAUCAGUGCUCAACGGGCCCCCCAUGUCUGUAAAGAAAGAACGGGAAGGAGGUGAGCUGCGACGGGAGCAACGCAGCGGCGAGGUCAUCUGUAUUGAUGACUAGGUUAAACACACACACACACACACACACACACAUACAGUUUUAAGAGUAACAGAUGACAGUGACUUACUGACCUGCUUGUGAUUGUAGUCGCCACACACACACACACACACACACACACCUCCAGACACACUCCUGCAGACAGUGUACUUACUGUCCACUCAUGCACGCACACAUGCAAUUCUUCUCCUGUGCUUGUCUGCCUCAAACCAUGAUACUCCUCAAUGAGCUUCUGACCUCUCCAAACACACACACACACACACACACACACACACACACACACACACACCAUCUUUGACCCCACCUUCUGCUUGCAUGUCCAAUGAAAGUCACCCCUAGCAUGCGUCCAUCAUCAACAAGCAGGAGAAAAGGAAGGUUCUCUCCUUCUUUACUUCCUUCCCAGGGCUUUUGCCAAACACUCACAGAAAGCGCACCCCACUAACUGAUCACGUGACAGGCAUGGAGUAUUUCCCGCCAUCCCAUUUUCUAGGUUUUAUUCUGUGCCAUUUUUCCAACAAAACCAAGUUUUGUAAUAUUUUUGUUUGUGUACUUUUGUUGUUUCUCAUGAAGAGCUUCUACCAAAAUUUUUUUUUUUUGUUUACGUUGCUAUAAUGAGGAAUCAGUGGACGCAUUGUCGUUAGUUCAAUUAAGAGGGAAACGAAGAAGUUUGACAUUUAACUUCAGAAGUAGAAUUCUCCUGCCUACACACACACGCACACAUAUAUGAAUAUAAAUAUAUAUAUAUAUAUAUAUAUGUGUGAUAGGAGGUAUGUAACACUAAAUAUCAACUUUUAGCAACAGGAAUGGUUCUUGAAAAUGACUUUUAUACGCUGCAUCAUUCAGAAGAACAACAAAAAGACGCCUUAAUAAAGUGAACAAAUUUAUAAACUUAAUUCACAACCUGAUGUCAACCUUUCAAUUUGACUCAUUUUAUGUUGAAAAUAGAAAAGAAGUGGGCAGGAAAUAAUUUCCGUACAAAUGUUUGCAACACGUCACCCCUCGCCCCUCCAAAAAGCACUUAUCCACUUUUGCUUUCUUAUUUUCUUGUUGUUGUUUUUCUAAAAUGUCGCCAAUGAAAGUAUUUACAUUUUCUUUGUUUGUUUGUAAUAAAAUGCAAUGAAAUGAGACUUGUCCAAAUGUCGGCAGAGGGACUGAUCAAAAAGUUCAUUGCAACGUUUUUUAAAACUAUCCAUGAUAAUAAUUUAAAAAAAGAAGUGGCACUGUCUUAAGUCUAGGUCACAACCGGACGUACGAUUCCCGAAUGUGGUCCUGAUGGCCCCAUCAUAGCUGAGUAUGAAACUUCUGGGAUGAGACUCAACACCUCUAAAUCUGAGGUCAUGGUUCUCAGUCGGAAAAGGGUGGAUUGUACCCCCCCGGUUUGGAAUAAGUCUUGGUACCUGGGGAUUUUGUUCACAACUGAGGGAAGGCUGGAUCUCCACAGCAUCUGCACUAAUGUGGUCGCUGUACUGGACUGUCGUGGUGAAGGGAGAGCAGAGCGUUUGGAUUUCUACCCUCACCUAUGAUCACAAGCUUUGCGUAGUGACCGAAAGAGCAACAUCGCGGCUACAAGUGGCAGAAAUGAGUUUCUUUCGCAGGGUGGCUGGACAGAGCUCAGUAGAGUAGAGCCACUGAGGAGCCAUCAAUUAAGGAGUCUCUGGGAUCCAGUCCGUAAGCCUUUCAGACACCUCCUUGGUGAGGUAUUGCGGGUCCUCCCAACAGGGAGGACACGACCUAGGACACACUGGAGGGGUGAUGCAGAGACUGGAAAGUCUGAACUUCCCACCUGAGACAACCAGAACCCAGAUAAACGGAAAGAAAUAGAUGGAUGAAUGAUGGUUAAUAAAGUUGGUUAUAUCUAAGCAGGAACAGGAACAGGAUCUUCAGUGGAAACUUCAAUGGUAACGUUACAUAAAAAUCUGUCUUCCUGGUGGAACUUUCUGGAGUUGACAUCAGGCCCCUUAAAACUCGACACAAAAUAAAUGGACUCCUCCGUCCAGCUUUCAUUGACAUUUCUGGCCCGCCGUUCUCAUCUUUAUGCUUUAAAGGUGAAGUUCUAGAAAGUUCACCGAGGCGUCCACGAUAUUUUGAUUUGAUGCUCUUCAGGGAGAAUACAGCGAGAAUUGUGGGGAAGAAAUAAGCACUUGUCUGGCCUUAAGGAAAGACAAAAGGAAAACAACAAAAAAACAUUUCAGUUUAUAUGAUCCUUUUUUUCUGCUCUCCCGGGCCUCCAAAUUCACAUUUUUCAGUAUUUUGCUUUGAAAAGUUUUGUGAAUCCAUAGGACGGUGCUAUCUAAAGUGCGGCACGGGGGCCAUUUUCAGCCCGCAGCUUGUUUCUUCUCGGCCCUCUGAAUAUUCUAAAAAUAAAUGAACUAUUAAUGAGAUAUAUUAUUACAUAUUACACUGAUUUGCUUUGUUGCCUACAACACAAAUGUAAGAUGUGCUGUUUUGCUCAGAUAGCUUAGCAUAUAUUGUCUUACAUUGGAUUGAUUUUAGCAUCUUUAAAGCACACAUCCAGCCAGUUUUUCCAAACAAAAAUGUUUAUUUGGCAUCAAAGACAAACAUCAAGUUGUUUUUAAAAAGUGUGUUGUAUAAACUUUGACAUUUAUAAAAAUAGGAAUUAGAGCCAGGAAGUGUGUGUGUGUGUGUGUCAAUGUUUUGUGUGCUUUGUGCUUCAGCUUGAGGAAGCGAAAAUGCUGCUUUAGUGUGUGUGUGUGCAGUCCAGUCAGUGCUAAUGGGGAAAUAUGCAUUCUGUGUGUGUGAGAUGCUGAAUGUCCGAUGAGGCAAUCAAAGUGUGUUCCAUUGGACGCUGGUUCUUAAAAGCACUCGGUCUGCUGCAAUAAAGUGCUGAGGGCCACAAACCACAAAAACUACUUAUAAACAAGAGUGGGAGUACACAAAACCACAGCUCGAAAUAACAACGUUUGUUUUGUGCAAGAAGAGAGACACAAUAUUACACAAGAUGUGCCACUUCAUUAGAUGCUUGCAUUGUAAAGACAUCUUUUUCUUUAUUAGCAUUGGCGCUUUGACGUAUUGGCACAUUUUGACAUUGGAAAGUGCAGAAUGUUGAUUCAUUGUUAGCAUCAAGCAUACAAGCCUGCUGUGUCGCUACAUGCUAAUGUUGGCAUGCCCACAAUGCAGAAGGCACUGGAAUGUUGCUAGCCUUUUUUGGUCAUUUCCACAAGAGCUGACAUGCAGACUGCAUGAUAUUAUUCCCAAAUUCAAUAUUUUUAUUGACUUACUCCAUAUUAUUCUGGCCAAUGGUAGUGCAUACACAUCCCUAGUGUGGCUAAAUCAUGCUAAAUAAAUUGAUUAGGUUUCAUAAGGCUAAAAGUGGUAUUGGUCGUUAGUCGUUGGUCAUUGUUGCUUCCUCUGCGGCCACAAAUUCACGCUGUGAUUGAUAAAAUACGACAAAAAGUAGCAAAUAUAAAGACAUGUCGUGUAAAAAAUGUUCUUGUCAUGUUUGAAGGUGCAAGCACAGCUUGUCUGUUGGCUGCAUGAAAAAGAAGCACAAUUUACGACAGGAUACGGCGAAGAUAGAAAUCCCAGGAAGAGCAGCUUCCAUCCCAUCUGUUCCCUCGGCCCGAGCGCUCGCUUGCAGUCCAGCGUCUGUGCGCGGCCUUUCCAAAACACGAGCGCUUUCCAGAGUCCACAACAACUUCCACAAAUGUCAGGUUUGUCUUUCAAAUGAGCGUCUUCGGGAAGAGGCGGCGGGAGGAUGCCAUGCCACAACCACCGCGGCACCGGGAAUUCUCCACCGUGGAAAGCAAACGAACGUCGCCGCAAGCUAGCGUCCCUGUCAGUUGACUUUGAAGAUGCUGAAGACGUGAGGCGAGGCUGAGGGGUUGCCCACCGUGUGCAGCCGGAAGGACGGGCCCGUCAUGGCAUGUAGCUCCGUGCCCUUGUCCAGACGCAGGAGGCCUGACACCUGGCACGGCUUCAGGAAAUGGGAGGGGUGCGGUCCGGCCGAGGGGGUGGUCCCGUAGCCUUCCAUGCAUUGCAACUUCUGAGGCCUCCCACCGCUGGUCACCACGUCCAGCUUGACGUACUGAGACUCCUGCUCAUUAAACAGAACCUGACCACACCAGAACACAAGGUCACCACCAGGAUACUUAGCCCCCUCCCUCUUUUUGCCACUACAGGGCUUAAACUUUAGACUGGAAUCAUGACCAAAGUGCACUGCAUCCCACUGAAAGGGGUUUGUAAUAUUUUCAUCUAUGAGAGCUCUCGGUAUGAUGCAAACGACAUUAUUACCUCUUCCGCCAUUUGUUUGAGAGUGUCAGAUUUCUCAGCAGGAUUUCACAAAAACAACUUAUCAUUUCUACACAACUUUUCUGGGGGGCAGAUCUUAAACAUACUGUAUUUUGAUCUGGCUUUGGCUACGACCGAAUGAUGUUCACAUUGAAGGACUGACUGGCUCAGCGUGAAAAGCAGAGUGAUGCUACAAAGGAAAGAAAGUGUCAUACCUGACAGAAGAGGAAGUAGACGCCUGCUUUCUCCACAGUGAAUGUGCCCUCCUCCUUGUUGUACCUCACUGCUUUGCUCAUAUUCAGCACUCGUUCCUCCCAGCCUUUUAUCACACCUCCUUCGCCCACUGACGCCACAAAAACAAAGGUAAUAUGAAGGCGUCACGCUUCUUGAACUCUAGACGUGCAGCAUCUUACCUUGCUGAGAGGAGACUUUGGUGACUGUCAGGAAGCAAAGGAGAAGUCAAUUGAAAGAAAGCAUUGAGAGCUUUUCUGCAGACGCUAACGUGACACAUCUGCCAGGACACUUACUCUCGAAAUGAGACGCCGCUUUCUUCCCGUUUCCAUUCUUCCCGCGCAGCGUCCCCCCUUCAGGCAGGCGGGCAGUGAGACAGAAGUUUGAGAAAGAAAGAAAACACGCCUGUGGUCCACAUCUGUAUCUGUCUAAUAACACUGCACUCAUUUGCUGCCUUAACACACGCAGCAGACUUCCUUUCACGUGUGUGUGUAUAUUAAUCUUAGUGCCAGCUGCUCGCCAUUUGAAAGGAUGGAGUAAAGCAGACAAAAGCAUCUAAUGUAAACCGAAGGCGAGAGAAGAGAGAUGAGGUGGCAGACAGCAGCUCUCAUUGGAGUCCAAGGCUUUAUGGACACCAAGGAUGUAAAAAUGUCGCUGAUGCGGCACCUCUUUGGACUUAAAGCAACAACGUUAACGCUAGAAAAUACAGUGGAACCCGUUUAAGUCGGUCCCAACAUGUCUAUGUUGACCAACUCAUCGAGUCCUAGUCUACCAGCUUCUUCCUGUUACUAAAAAGUGCCCGCUUAAGUCGUCGUCAACAUACAUGGUCGACUGUUUUCGUCAGCAUGAAAUCUGGGACCCCAAGGGGUCCUUUCUAUGAAAAAUCCAUUCCGUUCAUGUCAACAUGUGAACUAAUAUUGUUAACUUCAUCGUUAUCGCAACAUAACUACUGUCUAAUUAGACAGCAUUAAAGUUCCUGUGCAGUUGAAGCACCCAUUUAUGUUUUUAAUAGAUUUUAUAGCUUUAUAGAUUUUACAGAUUUUUUUUUUUAUAGAUUGCCACCAAAAGAAGGAUUUGUACGAAAACUUUGUCACUGCAGUAGGCAUACAACAAAUGACCGCAAUUACCGUGAUUAUCUGAGAUAAAAAUAUGCACAAAUGGAGGAAAACGAUGUCAACGAACUGUCACAAUCAUUUAUUAUCGCCCAUUCUCCUUAUGUCUUGGGCCAUAGUCACACGUAAACGUGCAAGCAGUGGCUGGUUUUGGUUAUGUAUGUCAACAACUGUUUAUGUCGAUGUCAGUCAGCCAGUCUGAGGGGUGUUGACAUAAACGGGUUCCACUGUACAUGGAAACAGCACACUUGACACACACAUGACAGGCUGCACACAGUAUGGGUCUUUAACGGCAAAGCCGGGGCAUCAACACUGCAUUUCUUUAAUCGUCUUGCUGCUGAUAAACAGGUAAGUGUUUAAUAGAAGACGUCUUUGGAUGCAGGUGUUGAUGAAACAUUAGGUUUAGCAUCUCGACUAUGCGGCUAGCCGUGUUAGGCCAUUUCCACAAGAACACGGGCAUUUUGAAAAGGCAUGAUUUUAGUCUUUCGUUCAACAGGCAAACAUAGGUUUUUGUACUUAAAAACAGAAUUUUUGGAAAACUCCAGCUUCAGGAUGUGUGUGUGUCGACGAGUAAAAAUGUUUCUUUUUGGUUUGUGUCAGAAGAAAUGUGCAACAUUUGUAUAAAACCUUGUUUAACAACAGAACACAAGUAAUUAAGUUAUCGGUUGCAUUUCGUUCAGUGGUAGACUUAUAACGUACACAGGCAAAUUCAUUUAAAAACAUUUCUGGACUCCGAGUAAAUGAACACUAAUUUUAAAGAGAAUGUACACGGCAUUGUACAUCUAAUAUAUCGCUUGUUUACAAUUUUUUAUUAUUUACAUUUAAUAAUUUUUAAUAUAAAUAGUAUAUUAUAAAAAUUUUUCUUUUUCAAUUAAAUUUAUUGUUUGUAAUUUGCAAUUUUGUCAUGUAAUUUUUAGUUGUAUUACAUAUAAAAAAGUUAUUUAAUUUUUAAAAUAUUUUUGAAAAAUAUUUAAUUUUUUCAUUUAUUAUGAAUUAAACUUAUUUAUUUAUUUUCAUAUAUUGUAUGUAUAUAUUACAAGUCCAGCCUUUAAGGACACCCUGUAUGUUGAUGCACAGAGGCAGUAUAAUGAGCUGUGGUUGCUUUUUUUACACUUCUGAUUGGACAAAAUGUGCGUGACAGUCAGUGAAUGUGUUUUCAUGUGGACAGAGAUUUUUUUUUUAA